AUGGCCCACGAAUCGGAGCCGGCGCCUGAUGCAGGGCAUGUGGCUCUGCUGCCGGCAUCUGGGGGCCAGGUGUUAGUCCAUAAGCUGACGGGCGAGUUUGUUCACUUGGAGCGGCUUCCUCAACCGUGGAAGUUGCACGAGGAUGACUCUGGGAGCUGCUUCGUGCAGAGCGGGGAGACGACUGCAUGGGUGGCCAAUAAGCUUAGGUUCCCUUUGCAUCGUGGCAGUGCCGACGGUGAGUACGAUGUCGACGUCGGCAUCGGGAGCGAAAUAAAACUAGUCCCUCUGACCCAGUGGCUAAAAGGUAAGAAUGGGGACCGGGAUAUCACUAUUAAUUCGCCCCCACACGGCGACGUCAAGAUACACCUGUACGUCACCCAGCCGCCGAGACGAGGGGCAGCAGCCUGGUGGGACGUAGAGUGCCUCUAUGAACAACUUCGGCUCCGCGGGAAGAAAGCGGCCGGCAGAUGGACGGUUGCUGGGUGGCAGAAGUGGGACGAAUUCCUUCGCGAAAAAUGUGCGUUGCCCGGGCACUUGGAAAAUAAGGCGCCCCAGGGGCAACGGCACCGAGCUGCUUUUCUCGGGAUGCACAUCCUGGAGGACCACCGCUGCGCCGACUUCAGGAUGGCCAGUACGCACGGUUUGAUUGCGUUGCUUGCGAGAUGGUCCUUCGGCUCUCAGAACUUCGGCGGACUGUCCGAGGGCAAUCGGGUGUCUGCUCGCGGUUUGCUGGAGGCCCUAGUCUCAAUGUCCAGCCUCGGGGACUUCACCAUGUUCCUGGCCGACAUCAGGCUCGGGGAUGAGGGCUGGCCCGCUGGUUCGAAUGGCACCACGAUCGAGUACAGCGCUGCAAGGGGCUUGAAGCUCAGGCCACUCACGGGGAAGAGAAACCCUCUAUGUCGGGCUCUCACCCGGCUGAUGCCUCCCAGCUCCCUCGACGAGGAGGGGCACGCGCGCGUGUUGAACUUGCUGGAGGCCCUGGUCAAGACAAGUCUCGUCGACGACACCCUCACGAUGAUCUUUCAGCAGCUUGUAUGGUGGGUGGGGAAGGCCGCCGACGUCGCAGCGGUGGCCCAGGCAAACGGCGACGACGUCGUGCACGCGAGCAUCAACAGCAGGACUGGCAACAAGAUGCUCACCAAGUAUUUCAUCAGCAUUCAGGAGUCGUUCCACCGGCCCACCUUCCUGCACGUCGCGUUGGACCAAGGUACCGUCGGCAAGAAGCCGACAGUAUGCGGAGCCAUUGUGCUGCCGACAAACGUUGGCGCAUUAUUUCCCCCGAAGGUCGUCCCCUCAUUCGUCUCCGACCUCGCCGUGGCUACCGCUUGGAGCAGCCAGGCAGAGCAGGCGGCUGCGGGGAAGCAGUGGGUGGACAACGCCAGGCAAUUCCUGAGGAAACGGGCCUUGGACGACGAGGGCGCAUUCAAAGGGCCCCCGAAAAAACAGCGGAAGAAAUCAGCAGUGUGGGUUGCAUGCGUGGACCAGAUUCUCCAAUCUUGUUGCGCAGUUGGCUUGGACCACUUCCGAGUUCCAAGCACCGAUUGGCUGACGAGGGACCCUUGGACUUGGCCUUACUUGGGCAUGUGCCCUGACCAAGGCCCCGACGGUGUAUGCGGAGGCUACUACAUGCGGUACGGCGAGAACAUGAACUGCGAGAUGUUCUAUGACAUCAGCCAUGGGGUGUGGCGGGACCAGGAGAGUGCGCUGAAGGAGGUGGAGCUGCAGGCGUGGACCCACCUGGCAGUCAUAAUGCUGAAUCUGCUGCACUCGCCGUGGGGGUCUGAGGCGCGAUACUGCGCGAUCUCGGAGUCCUCCAAAGAGUACGCGGCGCAUGCGACCUGCCA